CUGGGUUUCCUCCCGCCCUCUCGACUCGCACCUGCGGACCUCGACCCUCGCGCGCCGCCGGAACCGCGGCGCUCUGGGCGGCGCUACCGCGCGCGGGUGCGCCGUCGCCAUGGUAACCGCGGAAGUCGGGGGCCUGGGGAGCGGUGUUUUGGGGAUUAAUGGAGCCAGAAGGACCUCCAGAAUCAGAGAGUUCAGAAAAAGCAUUUUUCUCACAGCAAGAAGACGAUGAAGAAGAAGAUGAAGAAGAACCAAAAGAACCAGAGGAAACAGUCCCUCUUAAUCCCCUCUUACAACCUGCUCUCACAGGGGAUGUAGAAGGUUUGCAGAAGAUUUUUGAGGAUCCUGAGAACCCUCAUCAUGAUCAGGCCAUGCAGCUACUCUUGGAAGAAGACAUCGUUGGGAAAAAUUUGUUGUAUGCUGCUUGCAUGGCUGGGCAAAGUGAUGUGAUUAAAGCUUUGGCAAAAUACGGUGUGAAUCUGAAUGAAAAAACCACCAGAGGUUACACACUCUUACACUGUGCUGCAGCCUGGGGUCGUCUGGAAACUUUGAAAGCACUAGUGGAGUUGGACGUUGAUAUAGAAGCGCUGAAUUUCCGGGAAGAAAGAGCUCGAGAUGUUGCUGCUCGGUAUUCCCAGACGGAGUGUGUGGAAUUCCUGGACUGGGCAGAGGCAAGGCUGGCUCUGAAAAAAUAUAUUGCAAAGGUCUCUGGAGCUGUUACAGACACAGAAAAGGGACCAGGGAAGCUCUUUAAGGAAGACAAGAAUACCAUCCUCACUGCAUGCCGUGUAAAAAAUGAGUGGUUGGAAACCAAUCUGGAAGCUUCCAUUAACGAGAUUUUUGAACAGAAACAACAAUUGGAAGACAUUGUGACUCCUAUCUUCACAAAAAUGGCAACACCGCAUCAUAAAAAGGGAUUCAGUCUCCAGUUAGUUCUUUUGAGAUGCCCAGUCUUGGGAACCAGUCUGUAUGGAAGGACCCAUGUGGACCGAAACUGAGGCCCCAACCCGAAGCCCUGUCUGAGCUCCAGCUAGCAGUCCCCGCCAACCUGCCAGCCAUAGGAGUGAGCCAUCUUGGAAGUGGAUCCUCCAAUCAAGCCACCACAGCCAGUGCUAUAUGGAGCAAAGAAAAGCCUUCUCUGUUGAGUCCUGUCAAAAUUGUAGAUUUCAGCUAAAUAAAUGAUUGUUGUUGUUUUAAC